AUGUACAACGCGCAUCGUGGUGGGAUGGGGCCGACAUCCGCCAACAACAGCAACAAUCGUUUGUCAGAGUUGUUUGAUCAGAUCCGAAGGGAGUUCGAUGUCCAUGCACAGGACAGAGCUGGUGAACAUGAUCAAAAUAUGGCGGCUCAGAUGCAAGAGAUGGAGCUGGUUAGACAGAAGGUGUACGAAUUAGAGCGUAAUCAGAUGCAGAUCAAGCAAAGAUACGAUGAAGACAUUGCCCGUCUACGCCACGAGAUUGAAGCUCGUGGGGGCCCCCUUCGCAUGUAG